CCAAGGCAUCACGCAACUCCGCCCCCAGAAUCAGGAUCAGGCGCCUCAUCGACACCACCAACCUCACUUUAUCGGCACCGUCGAGUUCAUACUAAGAACUAUUACUGCGGUAGUGCCGAAGUAUUCCUUGUGUAUAUCGAUCGCCUUCGUGCGAUCAUGACGACGAACGGAGCUGCAGGACGAGCUUCGUCCGUCGCGUCCAAUUCCAGCAACCUGGUUGACGCGUCUGGCUACAAGUUCUCUGAAAAGGACACCAAACCAGGCAAGAUCAAGCUGAAGAAGCAGGCCUCUGGAAAGGCCGCCAAGCCCGGCAACAAGUCCGAGCCGCAAGGUAACGAUGCCGAUGCUCCCGGAUCGCCCGAUGGCACCCCCGUCUUACCAGAAAUGGAUGCGAAGACAAUGACAGCCUUCCCAUCCGGCAAACCGCGAGAGGAUGAGCUAGAAACCGUGAUUUGCAAGCAUUGCAAACGGCCGCAGUUAAAACAGACUGCGGCGGAACACAUCCGUGGUUGUCUCAAGGCCAAGCAGGAGAAAGCGAGGAAGAAGAAAGAGGCUCGCGACGCAAAAAAUCAAGCCAAGGUUGCAGACAAGGACGUGGAUGAUAAGGAUGACGAUAAAGACGAUGAUGGUGUUAGCGGGCAGAAGAGCGCGAAGAAGAGUGCCGUCAAGGGUAUGGCGGACGACGGGCCGAAGAAGGGCAAGAAACGGAAGGCGGACGCCGAAGAUGAGAAGGAUAAGGAGCCGAAAAAGAAGAAGAAGAAGGAAGAACCCAAGCCGAAAGUUCCCAAGCCAAAAGGUCCCGUCGAUGUUGAGAAGCAGUGUGGUGUGCCGCUGCCGAAUGGUGCUCAGUGUGCAAGAUCGCUUACUUGCAAGAGUCAUUCUAUGGGCGCAAAGCGUGCUGUACCUGGACGUUCACUCCCGUACGAUAUGCUCCUGCAAGCUUAUCAGAAAAAGAACCAGGCUCGUCAGCAAAAAGCUGCAAUCGAUGCCAAUGCUCCUUUGCAGGAUGAGCUCGAAAACAACGGUCCUGUUGACUCUGACGAGGAGCGGGAUUCUGUCAUGGCUGCAAUUGCGCGUUCACAUCCAACGCCACUUGUGACCCAUACUCUGGUGCCGAUGCGUAAAAAGUACCAUUAUGUACGCAUGAAAGAGAUGCUCUCCAAUGUUCUUGGGGGUGUUGGAGGUGGUAGUCUCUUUUCCACCAACCAAACUAAUGGUGAUUCUAGAGGGUUUUUCCAAAUGGAAAGUCCUACUGUGACGACAGCAACAGUAUUGCCAGAUACUUCGGACGAUCCAUCGAAGAAAUCAACCAAUGCGCAAGCAGCGGCAAAUCGUUCUUCGAAUACAGCUCCCACGAAGACAGCUGUUGCAGCUACCUCAUAGGGAAAGCACCGUUUUUUUGUUUUGGUCUGGCUAUUGUUGUUAUUUAUGGUAUGACUGGUUUUUUAUGAUGGGAGUUACGGAUGGUUGGGAGUGACUUGGAAAUAUUAUUAAGUGAUACCCCUGUGACAGAUUAUACAUGCGCCGCUAUACACUACUUGAGGAGAUUGUUUCCACGGGCUGGGGGUUAUAUAUAGCUUUGUCAUUUUUGAUGGAUGUACAUAUUUCAUUGGAUAUCUACACCAGUUGACCUUUUGCAGCCACAUCCCCACACUCCUUCCAGAUGUCGUUGUAAUAGGUGAUUAUUUACUCACAAUAUUCUCUAAAUUCUACCUCAUAAGCGUG